UCCAUAUAAAUAGCCGUGAAAAAUACAUUGUAUCAUCACUUUGAAUUAUAAUUUGUACACAAGUUUCAAUUACUGUUGGUAAAACCAUGAAGCAUUUGUUGAUUCAAUUUUUAUUGACUGUUUUAUCAGUCAAUUUAGUAAUCGGACAAGAUGCAAAAGUUAAGUUACAUAAAAUAACAGUUAAUACUGUGGCAAAUAAUCCAUUCUUCGAUGAUUGGUCCGGCGAAAUAUUUAGUCCUGGUGAUACAGUCUCUAUAAAAUCUCCAGUUAAAAAAGAUUUACCUGAAAAUAUGAGGAUGUCAGCAGUUAUUCAAUUCGACGGCAAUCAAGUUGCUGAUGUAGAUACAACUGUUUGCGAAGCAUUCGAUGAUGAAACUCUUGGUAAAGAUAUUUUGGCAAAAGGAAUACCUGACGGUGAAUUCCCUAAAAGUUGUCCAGUAAAACCCGGUAGCAAUUUUGAAAUAAGCAAAUAUAUUAUUACCAAAGAUAAAAUACCAGAGGGUGCACCAGACGGUAAAAUAAUCGCUGAUGUAACUAUUUAUGAACCUGAAAAAGAUCCAUAUGUAACAAUUCAUGUCGAGGGUGAAUUAACUCAUAUGUGAACUCGACCCGGACAUUGAUUUUUUAUUUUAAAGGAUCGUGUUGCCGCGAACAAUAAUUGAUAUGAUUUUAUUAUUUUGAUUCAUGAUUACAUAUAUUAUUUAUGGAUAAUUAUCCUGCUUGUAUAGAUAAAUAAAUUAGAUGCUGCAUGAUAAA